UCUGCCCGGGACAACAGCUGCCUUGCCCGGCUGAGACAAAGGCUCGUGUCCGGAGGAGGAGCGGAGGAGCACGAAGAUUUGGGGAGAAGAGAAGCGAGACGGGUUGAAGGCUCAGAGACGAGCCGCUGGUGCUUUGGGGUUUUUUUUCUUCCCCGCAGGACUGUGGCAGUGAUCGGACUCAAAAGGUGCGAGAGGAUUUUAUUUUAUUUUUUUGGUUAUUCUGUUUUUUCCCUUCCAUCUCCUGCAGCAGCGAAGGGGAAGCAAGACUAUUUUAUUUUUAUUUUUUAAAAUAAGAAGUGAGGAGCUGCGGCGUAGAACCGACACGAGGACCGGGAGAGGAGGAGAGGCUCGCAGCUCCGCAGAUUAGAGAGCGUAAACACAAAGGAGGCAACCCUUAUCAUAUCCUGAAGGAGACAAGACACAGAGCAUGACCCCGUGUGUGUCUACAGCGCCAAAGAAGUGCCAGGGAGAAGCCUCUUUGGCCAGGGAAUCAUCGCCUUCCUAGCUCCACCAGGGGGCCCUUUUAACGUGCUCCAAGCUGCACUGGUGGACUCAUCGUUCUCCACCAGGAGGCUCACUCCAACCCAUCUGCCAGCUCAGAUAGCCCUCUGAUCGUUGGCAACCACAUGUUUGAGGUGACUGUGUGUGACCGCCGCCGCCCAUACUUGAGCAGCAGCAGCCUCCUGCGACCCCGACCUGCACCAUGCAGUGGAGACGGCGGCACUGCUGUCCCAUCAAGAUGACCUGGACCAUCAAGCGUUCAGUCUUUCGGACCCACGUGACGGGCCUCCUGUCGCUGGCUCUGCUCUUCACCUUCUUCUUAUUUUUCAGCCACCAGGACUGGCUGCCGGGUCGCAGUGGGCUCCGGGAAAACCCACUCAGUAAUAGUUUUAAGGCUCUCCGCAGCCCCAAGGGAGACGCCAACCAGAGCAGCUCCCUGAGGAGCCUGUGGAAGGAUGCGGGAUAUGCAGCGCCAAAGCCUCUGCUCAACCUCAGUACUCAGCAAAUGGAGGGGGUGGCAGGAGAGGCCGGUGGAGGUGGAGGCAGGAUGGGUGUAAUGGGGCUGGGGGACACUAUGAGCACUAACAACAGUUUACAGAAGGAGAUGGGUGUGGGAGGGAGACUCAGUGCUCAGCCCUACCGCUACAUCCUGAAUGAGCCCUUCAAGUGUAGGGACACCACGCCCUUCCUCAUACUCCUCAUUGCUGCAGAGCCCGGCCAGGCCGAUGCCCGAAAUGCAAUCCGUGUGACGUGGGGGAAUGAGAGUGUAGCAAUGGGCCUGGGCUUUGUCCGUCUUUUUCUGCUCGGGGUCGGAAAGAGCUCUGACACCUUCCUUCAGAGCAGCAUAGAGGAGGAGAGCCUUGUUCACCAUGACAUCAUUCAGCAGGACUACCAGGACACUUACUACAACCUGACCAUCAAAACCCUGAUGGGCAUGAACUGGGUGGCCACCUACUGCCCACAUGCCAACUACGUGAUGAAGACAGACAGCGACAUGUUUGUCAACACCGAGUAUCUCAUCCAGAAGCUGCUGAAGCCUGAGCUGCCUCCCAAGCCUCGGUUCUUCACCGGCUACCUGAUGAGAGGUUAUGCACCAAACAGAAACAAGGACAGCAAGUGGUACAUGGCGCCGGAGCUUUACCCAAGCGAGCGCUACCCGAUAUUCUGCUCGGGCACGGGGUAUGUGUUCUCAGGGGACAUGGCCGAGCUGAUCUACCAGGCCUCUCUCGGCAUACGCAGGCUGCACUUGGAGGAUGUUUACGUGGGGAUCUGCUUGGCGAAGCUGCGCAUCGACCCGGUACCCCCACCCAAUGAGUUCCUCUUCAACCACUGGCGGGUGUCUUACUCCAGUUGUAAGUACAGCCACCUGAUCACGUCACAUCAGUUCCAACCCAGCGAACUCAUCAAGUACUGGAACCACUUGCAGAGCAACAAGCACAACGCCUGCAUCAACAUAGCCAAGGAAAAGAACGGCAGGUCCCGACACCGAAGGUUUCACGGAGAGAGGCCUCCAUGAUUUGCAACCUGUGACCGCCACCCACUUCAAAAACAAAAAAGGGAGAUAGGCACACUGUAACUACAGCCGUCGGAGGGCACGUGGAACUCAGCACUAUACACUAGUUGGGGGGGAAAGCACAUUGUUUUUGGUAUGGUGUACAGUUGAUGAUCCAAACUAUUUUUUUAAUUUGAGAAAAAAAAGGUAUUUAUUUUGAAGCUGGUGAGAUUUUCCUGAAAGGGAGGGUGAAGGACAAUGUCUGUGUUUAUGAAAAUUCAGGUGCCAACAGAAACGUGGUCAUUCAUGCUAAUGUUUGAUUCUCCUCUAAAGAGAAGUACAGUGCAACAAAAAACAACUAUGACACAAUCGUGUUUACACAGACAAAGGGAAAUGUAAGUGUAUUAUGUCGAAGGUUACACUACCUAAAUAUGAAUGAAAGUAUCUUUGACAUUGACCAGUGAUGCUGCCCUGUUUCUCAGUGUUUACUUUACAUAUUUAUCAAAGAACACGACUCUAACCAGAGGGUUUAUCUGUCAUAUACUGUAUUUUAUUUUGGAAAAAGAAAUCAACACAGAAUCACUCAGAAUCACGACAGAGAUGACUGAGAUUGUAUUUUUUAAAGCUUUACAUUGAGUAUGACUGCACUUGAGCAAAUGUGCAAUGAAUCAACUAACAAUUAAAUGUAUUGAAGUCCG